UGUGUGCUUUUACUGAGAGACACUUAUUGUUGGAUUUGCAGCUGGUUAGAUCCUCAUCUGGUGGUCUCAAUGGGGACUUUGUGGAUCCAUGCAGGCCACAGAGGAGGAGAAGGAAAGAGCAGGUGUCCAGGUGAAGCUCAGACUGUUUCAGAAGUGUGGGGUAGCUAGUGAGCAACGCUGAGCUUUUCUGAUUGCCUAUGUGGAAAAUGUCUCAGUGCCUAGAACUUUUCCAAGGAGGGGGAUUCUUCUUUCCCUGCCUUCCUUGAAUGUGCAGGGCCUGGGUCUCUGAGACCCUGUCACCUCAGGAGUGCUCAUCCAUACUCUGCAGUUCUUUCUGACAUCUGUCUUUAGAAAAAAUACAGCAAAUAUUCAAACCCAAAGUAAAAACGAGGAGAUGUGAGUCACAGAUGUGAGAGCUGCCUGCUUCUGUACUCCUGUUCCACCUGCUGUUUUUUUUUAAAUGAAGCCUCUAAGAAAAUGUCUUUCAGUCUGUCAGUUCCUGUGUGCUCACUAUAAUCAAUGCUUCAUUUGUCAAGUCCCUUUUAUUUUAAAUAUGCUGCCAUGUAAAAUAAGGUCAACGCUUGACCCUUCUCGUCAUAGCAGUGUAGAUCUCGAAAAAUACCAUUUGUUGCUAGAAUUUUAGAAAGGGUUGUGGCUAAGCAUCUUAAAAAAUACUUAAUUGUCCUUCUUAGUUCUCCACCUCCUUUUUUUGUUUCUCCAUCUGUGUUGAUGAAACAGCGAUACAUAGCUGACACCUGUCAGGACAGACCUGUUUGUCUAGAUACAGCUGAGAUUAACUACGGCACCAGGAAACGUCUUUUCUCAAAUCUCUUUUCUUUUUUGGUGUUUUGGUCCCAUGAAUUGGAGGAAACAUGAUGGGCGUCAACUUUGUUAUGGUUUUUGUGACUGUGGUGUUUUUGUGGAUGAUGACUGUUUCCAAAGGAGAUACUGAAGUAUCCUGUGUAUUUAUGGAAAAAUGCAUCUUACCGUGCACUUUCCAAAGUGACACUGACAUAGUCAUCCACUGGCUGCAGGAAACUGCAGGAAACAUUCAUGUCCACUCAUUCUACCACAACCAAGACCAGCCCGCACUUCAGGACAAGCAUUUCAGAGGCAGGACUUCACUAUUCAACAACCAAAUCUCCAGAGGAAAUGCUUCACUCCUGCUGAUGUGGGCAGAUGUUCAUGAUGAAGGCAGAUACAAAUGCUAUACCAGCACCAUCACAGGAAACAAGGAAUCGUUUAUAAACCUUGAAGUAAAUGCUCCAGUACAAGAAGUCAAUCUUCAGCAAGUAGGAAACACGAUGAACUGCAGCUCAGAGGGAAUCUUCCCUGAACCCCAGUUAAUCUGGUCCACCAGCCCUCCAUCCAAUGUGUCGCUCCAGUAUGAAACCACAGUCCAGCAGACAGAACAGCAGCUUUACAACAUCAGCAGUUCUCUGAUACUUUCAGACAGUGAUAAAGAUUCUGUUUUUAGCUGUAACAUCAGCACUCGUAGAAACUGGAGGAACGCAACUUUAAGUGAACAAGGGAAUGUUGUCCCUGUUAGAGGCUUCAGAGGAGGAGUCUUUGCAGCUUUUUUGGUCGUGGCAGCAGCUGGUCUGGCACUGUACUGCAAAUGGAAAAGAAGUUAAAGUUAUGUUCUUCUUUCACUUUUUAAUUGUAUGUUGCUUGUAUUGAUAUUUUAUUCAGAUAAACAAGGAAAAAUAUGGGAAGAUCAAAGAGCUAUUAAAGCAAAAUGGAAUUAAGUUUUGUUCAUGAAAAUGUUUAAACCCAAUUAAAUGGAUAGUACUUUUGUCAGCCAGUUUUCUAUUAACCUAACUCCUGUCUCAAUUUUUUUUAAUGAUUCAAUUCAGAUUAUGAAUGCAUGAAAUGAAACAUAAAUUAUGUGUAUAUCUGUUUUUUGAGGGUUUUUUUCUUUUCUCUGUUUAACAGAGAGAUGGGAAUAAAUCCUCCAAACAGACGAACUCUAAACACCCACCAGCUUUAGUCAAAUGAAGACUUCAAACCGUGGUUAUAGCGGGCUUGAAUUAAUUCAUGCAACAAAGACUAAAAUCUGAUCUGUUAACAGUAUUCAUUUGGUAGUCAUGUGCAAUAUUUUUACAGUAAUCUAUAUUUUAUGUUCUUUGAGGUAUGACACAGAACAGAUCACGAUCAGAUUUUACUGAAAUUUUUUAAAGAUUGAAAAUGAAGUGUACAUCAUGUUUUGUAAAAUUAUGUAACCUUUUUUUUCUAGCCAUGUGUUGUUGCUGUUUUAUUUUUCGAGUUUUCUUUUUCUUACCUACUUUAAUCCUGUUUCAUUAGGUGUAUUUUAUCUUCAGUCCAGCAGGUGGCAGUGUGGUCAGAUGUUUUACAGUGGAAGCAACUUUUUCUUUCAUGAAUCGUUGAGUUUUUCUGUGGUUUAAAUAUCCCAUUUAUUUAUUUAUGUAUUUAUUUGCAUGUGCAUGUAAGCAUGUAUGGAUUUAUUUAUUGAUUUUUUGAAUAUUUUGUGAAAGCAAAAAUAUUUUUACUCUGUAGGAGAAGCAAACCUAACUUGGACACAAAACACAAUAAAAUCCAAAUUAUGUUGUUGUUUUUGUAAAUUCAGCACACAAAGUAAAAAUAAAUGUAAAAUUUAAAUUCUCUUGGUACGUAAAUAUAACGAGAAAUAAUGAAGUAGAAGUCUGUUCUUAUAUACUCAGGUGAUUGUGUUUUAAUAGCCUCUCAUUCAUAAUGAAUGAAAACAGUAACAUUUGCUGCCAUGUGUUCUCAUUCUGUUCCUUCUGCUAAUCUUCUUUUGGUUACAGUUGGGAUUAUCAAACUUUUAAUAAUUUAAACUUUAAUAAUUUUAGCUAAUUCACAUACAUUUAAACUGUAUCACCUGUUUCACUCUGUGCAUAUGAUGUUUCAAGUGAUGUCACUUUUUUUUAUUGUGUGCAGCUUAUUCCAUUCAUAUCUUACUACAAUAAAAUCAUGCAUUAUCAUCAUGCAUAAAUGUUUUUUUAAGAUGUUGGUCAUAAAUGGUCUUAAGAUAUUUUUGUGG